AUGCCUCACAAGGAGGCUGAGGUCGGUACUCUCGGAUUUAAGACUCCCGCGCGUAGGUCCAGAUGCAUCGGCGACCAGGGAUUUCAUUCGGCCACGAAGCCCUGGGUAUCGCCCCAUUCAUUAGUUAAGGUGAGCCCUAGGUUAAGGGUCCCAUCCACUUCUAGGUUACCUGCACUUGCGGAGGCUCCCGUAUUUCCUCGUGCCCUUGUCCCAUCCAAAGCGCUAGGUCCAGUUGCAAUAUCAAAGGCCCCCCUUGCGGCACAGUUGGAAGCUUUUGUGCGCCGUGAAUAUAAGAUUUAUUCCACCGGGAACCGCGAUUGCACGCAUGUGGACACCUUGCACAUAGUGAGGGAGGCCUUUUCGGUCUUCCUGGAACACUUCUCAGAAUAUAGAGAGGUGCUAUCUCUCAUCCGCGACGAGUACGAGGCGGCAUUCCAGGAGCUCCUUAGUGAGGUUAAGCGCCUCCGAGCUGUUGAGUUGGAGACAAGCAGUGACCGUAGUGUGCACGCGAUGGAGAUGUUAAAACAGCGGGAGGCCUUUAAGUCGAUUGUUAGCAAUCACUAUGCUCAACUUCAGGCAACUGAAGGGAUAGUUCAUUCCCUGCGCGACCAAAUUACUUCGUAUGAAGAGUCUAACGAAACGCUACGAGCCCAACUGAAGAAGGCGAAGGAAGAAACCCGGGAGGCUACGGAUACAUCCAAAUUGUUAACAAAGUCCAUGAUUGAGGAGGCCGCUCGUAACUCUCAGCUCCUUGCGGCGCGCACGGCAAAUGAGAGGGAAAUAGGUCGCUUGAAGGUUCAAGUGGAUAUGGUGAGGGAAGAACUGAAGGAUGUGGAGAGCAGAUACACCGCACUUUUGGAGAAAACACUAUGCACUGGUGGGCCGGAUACGAUUUUCAAGGGUAAAGACGUGCGAGCUAAGAAGAAACUUGAUCAAGAAUGCGAGCAGGAAGCGAAGAAGAAGCUUGAAGAAUCUGAAGAGAAUGCGAGACAGAAGGCAUCUGAGGAGGAGGAAAGAAGGAAUCGGGAUAACGCUUACUUUGCUCUCAUUAAUGAGCGCAUUGACGAAUUACUCCUCGAGCGGGAGCAGUUAAAGCAGCAGUUGGCUGACGCACUUGCGAGCCGUUGCGCUUCUGCCUGCGGUAGUGGUGGGGGUGGUCGGCCUGCAAGCACCUCCCGCGCAAGAAGGUUCUCCGCAGAUCCAGGAGCUCUGGAGAAUGACCGACGACUUGUAGAGGGUGAUGCCACCUACAGUAGGUUGAUUGCUGCAUGGUUACGGGAGGAGCAGAUGACGGGUGCUGAGUUAGACCGACUUGAUGUGCUGAUACCCCCUGGUGCGUCAGAGGAUCAUCCAUUUGGGUUUUUAAAAGCUACCCUCCCCGUUCGAAAUCGGUACCUGAAGAGGGAGGACACCAUAGAUAUGUUGAACAGUUGGUGGGGGUUCCGGCGGAAUUCGUUUGAUUCGUCGAUAAAACAUCACUUUAUGUGUUGGUUGCAAAAAACAACUGGAUCUGAGUCAGGUGCGCAGGAAUUAGGUGUGAACAUAGUUCACGUCUGCGAGCACAACAUUUAUGAUCCCGAUUGUCGUGCAUUUCUCUUAAUAUUUCGAGAGUGUGUACCUGAAGACGUUGUUCAUGCGUGGACGAAAGAUAUAGCGUAUUUCGAGGAGCUAUGCCGUGAGUCUAUGAGUGCUCACCGUUUCGUCCGCUGCUCAGUACUUUAUGAUAAACUCCGGAACAAAUUACAAGAAAAGACGUAUUUGAACAUGCUAGAAUUGCGCCUUUACCUCUGGCGUAACAGCGAUGCGAAUGGAAUGAUCUCCGUUGAUUUUCUCUUUAGGAAAGACUCUCGCUUUCUGUACUUACUGAAGAAGCAGCUGCUCAGAGAGGUGGAGGAGUUCACUCUGCGGGUGGUUGAGGCAAUUCGCUCAGUUGCCCUCGACGCAGAUACCGUAAAGCUUCAAGAUGUAGUAAACGCACUUAGCGCUCAGGAUCCCGGUAUUCCACAGGGCACGCUGCGCCGUCUGGUGGCGGAGGCAACUCAACUAACUUCUAUGGAUGUUGCUACGUGUGGAGUGGACUUCACCGUACGAUUGCGGCCCCUUAUCUACCGGUUCCGAAGCGCCGUUUUAUUGAGGCGGGUAACGCCUCCUGUUGAUACAAGUCAGCUGAAUCCAAAUAUAUUUGACGCGAAGGCAAUUGUUGAAGAAGCAGAGGAGGUGUAG